AUGACAUCUGGUGGGACGUUACAGAAAGCCAUUGAGCUGGUAACAAAGGCUACUGAAGAGGAUAAAAAUAAAAAUUAUGAAGAGGCAUUAAAAUUAUAUGAACAUUCAGUGGAAUAUUUUCUUCAUGCCAUCAAAUAUGAGGCACAGAGUGAAAAAGCCAAAGAGAGUAUACGUGCUAAGUGUACACAAUAUUUGGACCGAGCCGAGAAGUUGAAAGUCUACCUAAAGAAGAAACAGAAACAGCUUGUGAAGGAUGGGGAGUCAACGGGAAAAAGGUACCAUAAUGACAAAAGGUGUGCUGUUUAUUUUUCUCUCUCUCUCUCUUUCUCUGCCUCCCAUGCCCCUCUUGGUCCCUUUCCUCCUCCUCCUUCUCUUAGUCCCUUUCCUCCUCCUCCUUCUCUUAGUCCCUUUCCUCCUCCUCCUUCUCUUAGUCCCUUUCCUCCUCCUCCUUCUCUUAGUCCCUUUCCUCCUCCUCCUCUUAGUCCCUUUACUCCUCCUCCUCUUAGUCCCUUUACUCCUCCUCCUCCUCCUCUUAGCCCCCUUUCCUCUAUGAAAGUUGACCUAAUUUUCUUUUUUCUUUUUAUUGAAAGCAAAUCCAAAGAUUACAAAGAUUCUUCCAGUGAUUCUGAUUCAGAGAAAGAUCCUGACAAAAAGAAAUUUGAAACAGCUCUCACAAGUGCCAUAAUGAUAGAAAAGCCAAAUGUGAGCUGGGAUGAUGUGGCUGGGCUGGAGACUGCAAAGGAAGCCUUAAAAGAAGCGGUUAUCCUGCCAGUAAAAUUCCCGCAUUUGUUCACAGGUAAAAGAAAACCAUGGCGGGGAAUACUGCUAUUUGGGCCUCCAGGAACAGGCAAGUCUUAUCUUGCUAAAGCUGUUGCUACAGAGGCUAAUAAUUCCACAUUUUUCUCAGUAAGGUCUUCAGAUCUUGUGUCCAAAUGGCUGGGAGAAAGUGAAAAGUUAGUACGGACAUUAUUUGACUUGGCUAGAGAGCAAAAGCCUAGUAUCAUUUUCAUUGAUGAAGUAGAUGCACUUUGCGGUUCACGAACAGAUAAUGAAUCGGAAUCAGCUCGUAGGAUUAAAACAGAAUUCCUUACACAGAUGCAAGGUGUGGGUACAAAUAAUGAUGGCGUUUUGGUAUUAGCAGCAACCAAUAUCCCAUGGGCCUUGGACUCUGCUAUCAGGAGAAGGUUUGAGAAACGAAUCUACAUUCCUUUGCCUGAUGCCCCAGCUCGAACUGAAAUGUUUCGAAUUCACUUGGGCAACACUCCACAUUCUUUGACUGAAGCUGACCUUAGAGACCUUGGUCGAGAUUCUGAAGGUUAUUCUGGUGCUGAUAUCAGCAUUGUGGUUCGAGAUGCUCUUAUGCAACCUGUGAGGAAAGUGCAGACAGCCACACACUUUGUAAGAGUGCGAGCUCCAAGCCGAACUGAUCCGUCAAUCAUUAUUGAUGAUUAUCUAUCUCCCUGUUCUCCGGGCGCCCCAGGUGCUGUUGAAAUGAGCUGGACACAGGUACCAGGAGAUAAACUGCUUGAACCACUCAUGAAUAUUACUGACAUGUUGAUGUCUUUGAAUACUAUCAAGCCCACGGUUAAUGAGAAAGAUUUAGAGAAGUUACAAAAAAGAAGGAAGAUUAAAACCAACCAAUCCCUAAAAAUAAAGAUUUAG